UCGGGAUGACCUCUUGCUGUUCUGUGUCCUCUUCAACUAGGAGGUCAUUCGUUCUAACAACCCGCUGCAGGAGGUAGCAGUGUGCUCUUGCCCACAGUCACACGGCCCACACAGCUAGUAAAUGGCAGAGUCAGCCUGGCUCCAGGGUCCACGCUGUUCCCCACUACCCUAUGCUGCCUCCAACAGCCCCCUGAGUCAGGGCUUAUUAGCCUGUUAUUAUCCUCAUUUGACAGACGAGGAAGCUGAGGCGCAGAGAGGUGAGCGACUUGGCUUGGGAAUGGUGGGGGCAUGCCCACGGGUAAGAGACCUCGGUGCCCAGUGGCCUCGAAUCCCAGAAACAAAACCUGGGGGAGGGUAGGUCUAGGGGGAAGGUUGUGAUGGGGAGAGGCAGGGCUCAGGGCCAGCCACCUGCCUCGCUUAGUCCCCGCUCCUCCUAGCCCUCAGCUCGUCCCUGGAGGCGGCUCCUUGGCCAGGCUGCCAGGAGGGCCCGCACUGCCAGGGAGGUCGAGACCGGUGUCAGAGGCUCUGAAGGGACACCAAAGGGGGUGCCCGGGGCGCAGGGUGCCUGAAUCCCUGGGAAGCCGCCUCCCAGCUUGGGGGUGGGUGCAGCAGAGGCCCGUGUGACACUGUGGCUGACAUUCCUCAGCGGCCACGUGGCCCCAACUGGCAGGGACAGCUGCGGAGAGGGGCCGGACCAGCUUUGUUCUCAGGGUGGCGCCCACUCUCCAUCCAGGCCCUGCUCGGCUCCUGCCUCGCGCUGCUCUCCUUCCUGGGGCUCCGUGGGCAGCUGGCAUCGGGGUCCCCGCCAUGAAUGCCUAGAAGCCCAGAACCACCCGGUCUCUCCAUCCUUGGGCGGCUCAGGGCUCCAGAACGAUGGGGCAGGACCAGACGAAGCAGCAGAUCGAGAAGGGGCUCCAGCUGUACCAGUCUAACCAGACGGAGAAGGCACUGCACGUGUGGACGAAGGUGCUGGAGAAGAGCGCUGACCUCGUGGGGCGCUUUCGCGUGCUGGGCUGCCUGGUCACAGCGCACUCGGAGAUGGGCCGCUACAAGGAGAUGCUGAAGUUCGCUGUGGUGCAGAUCGACACCGCCCGGGAGCUGGAGGAUGCUGACUUCCUUCUGGAGAGCUACCUGAACCUGGCGCGCAGCAAUGAGAAGCUGUGUGAGUUCCACAAGACCAUCUCCUACUGCAAGACCUGCCUCGGCCUGCCCGGCACCAGGGCAGGCGCCCAGCUCGGAGGCCAGGUCAGCCUGAGCAUGGGCAAUGCCUUCCUGGGCCUCAGCCUCUUCCAGAAGGCCCUGGAGAGCUUCGAGAAGGCCCUGCGCUAUGCCCACAACAAUGAUGACGCCAUGCUCGAGUGCCGCGUCUGCUGCAGCCUGGGCAGCUUCUAUGCCCAGGUCAAGGACUACGAGAAAGCCCUGUUCUUCCCCUGCAAGGCCGCAGAGCUCGUUAGCGACUACGGCAAGGGCUGGAGCCUCAAGUACCGGGCCAUGAGCCAGUACCACAUGGCCGUGGCCUACCGCCUGCUGGGCCACCUGGGCAGCGCCAUGGAGUGUUGUGAGGAAUCUAUGAAGAUUGCUCUGCAGCACGGGGACCGGCCACUACAGGCGCUCUGCCUGCUCUGCUUUGCCGACAUCCACCGGAGCCGCGGGGACCUGGAGACAGCCUUCCCCAGGUACGACUCCGCCAUGAGCAUCAUGACAGAGAUCGGGAACCGCCUGGGGCAGGUGCAGGUGCUGCUGGGCGUGGCCAAAUGCUGGAUAGCCAGGAAGGCGCUGGAUAAGGCUCUGGAAGCCAUCGAGAAAGCCCAGGACCUGGCCGAGGAAGUGGGGAACAAGCUGAGCCAGCUCAAGCUGCACUGCCUGAGCGAGGGUGUCUACCGCAGCAAGGGGCUGCAGCGCGAGCUGCGCGCCCACGUCGUGCGCUUCCACGAGUGCGUGGAGGAGACCGAGCUCUACUGCGGCCUGUGCGGCGAGUCCAUCGGCGAGAGGAACAGCCGGCUGCAGGCCCUGCCGUGCUCCCACAUCUUCCACCUCAGGUGCUUGCACAACAACGGGACACGGAGCUGCCCCAACUGCCGCCGCUCAUCCAUGAAGCCCGGCUUUGUGUGAGUCCCACCAGCCGUCGUGGGCUUCUGCCUCACGUCCCCCUGCUCCCCGUCCACCAUCAUGCUGCACCACCCCCCC